UUUUAAGUCCGCCUUCAUUUCCCUCUCAUUUCACCGCCUCUAACCCUACGAUUGUAGCGGCAUUGAUACAAAUAAUUGCAAAAAGAGAAGAAAACAAAUACAAGAGGCGAGAGCAAAAUUGAAAAAGGGUAAUAACAGAAGAGCCACAAAUUCGACAAUGAAGAAUGACGGGACCAGAAAAGAGAGAACAAAGCUGAUUGCUUUGACCGGUGCCGCCGCCCUUCUAGCCGUGGCCGUCAACUUCGCCAUCGCUGCGGUCAACGCUCACUUCAAGAAUCGCAAGAGAAAAGUGGUUCCUGGUACAAAUGUAAAAAUAAAUUUAUCUGCUUCCGAGAUACUGAGAUUAGCAGACAGCAUUAUCGCGAAAUCGAAGAAGGUCCAUGACAUGGUUGCUUCAGUCCCUCUUGAUAAGGUAAAUUAUGUCAAUACAGUACUACCGUUGGCGGAAUUAGAAGCACAACAGUUUUCUCUGAUACAGUCUUGUGCACUCCCGAAAUUGGUAUCUUCUUCUGAAGAUGUUCGCAAAGCGAGCCUUGAAGCUGAGCAAAGGAUUGAUUCUCAUGUUUCUUCAUGCAGAAAGCGUGACGAUGUUUAUCGUGUUAUCAAAGCUUUCACAGCCCGAGGAGACUGGGCGAAUUCUCAGGCCAAGCGUUAUGCAUUGCAUUUGAUUCAAGAAUUUGAACGGAAUGGUUUGAAUCUCACCUCAACCAAGAGAGAGGAAUUGCAGCGUUUAAGAACACAGAUAGAGGAGCUAAGUAUGCUAUACAUCAGAAAUCUGAAUGAUGAUUGUACAUUUCUUCUUUUUGAUGAUAUGGAGCUAGUUGGUUUACCUCCAGAGUUCCUCAAGAGUUUGGACAAAGCUGAAAGUGGUAAAUACAAGGUUGUGAUAAGAAGCCUUCAUGUGUCACCCAUUCUAGAGCUAUGUAAGGUUGGGUCAACCAGGAAGUCUGUGGCUGUAGCUUACGGGAGGAGGUGUGAAGUCAAUUUUUCUAUACUAGAAAAACUGGUUCAGUUACGUCAUAAACUUGCUAGAUUGCUUGGUUACCCGAAUUAUGCAGAAUAUGUUGUUGAUCAUAGAAUGGCAAACUCAUCAAAGAAGGUGAUCGAGUUUUUAGAGGAAAUGUCAGCAAGAUUAACUGAAUCUGCAACAAAGGAACUAUACGUGUUAAAAGAAGUAAAGAGAAAAGAGGAAGGAGAAUAUCCAUUUGGAAUUGAAGACCUUCCAUAUUAUGUCAAGACGCUCAAAGAAGAGCAAUUUGAUAUUGAUUUUGGAGUUAUCAAACAGUAUUUUCCAGUUCGCUUAGUUCUAUCAGGAAUCUUCAAAAUAUGCCAAGACCUAUUUGGUUUAAGAUUUGAGGAAGUAAUUGAUGCAGAAAUUUGGCACCAAGACGUGCAACUUUUUUCAGUUUUUGACUUGAGCUCUGCUGAACUCAUGGGUUACUUCUAUCUUGAUAUGUAUACCAGGGAAGGAAAAUUUGGUCACACCUGUGUUGUGGCUCUUCAAGAUAGUUCAUUCAUUAACAGUACAAGACAGAUUCCCGUGGCUUUGCUGAUUGCUCAAUUGCAAAAGGAAGUCGAUGGACAUCCUGGAUUGCUGAGAUUUUCUGAAGUAGUAAAUUUGUUCCACGAGUUUGGUCAUGUGGUGCAUCAUAUUUGCAAUCGUGCGCCAUUUGCUAGGUUUUCUGGCUUGCGCUUGGAUCCUGACUUUGUAGAGAUCCCAUCCAUAUUAUUGGAGAACUGGUGCUAUGAAAGCAGCUCUCUGAAACUGAUUUCUGGUUUUCAUCAGGAUAUCACUAAGCCGAUUGAGGAUGAGAUGUGUAAUUCAAUUAAGAGAUGGCGGAGUUCCUUCUCAGCACUCAAAUUAAAACAGGAAAUUGUUUACUGCCUUUUUGAUCAGAUCAUAUAUUCCUCUGAGAAUGUAGACAUGAUCAAAUUGUUUGAGCACCUUCACUCUAAGGUUAUGUUAGGAUUGCCACUGCUAGAAGGAACUAAUCCUGCUUCAUGUUUUCCUCAAACUGCUAUUGGUUAUGAAGCUACUUGUUAUAGUCGGUUAUGGAGCGAGGUUUUUGCCGCAGACAUGUUUGCCACGAAAUUUCAAGAAAACAUAUUCAACACGAAUGCUGGCAUGCAUUUCCGUAAUAUGGUAUUGGCGCCUGGAGGAGCAAAAGAUCCUCUUGAGAUGCUAUCUGACUUUCUUGGAAGGGAACCAUCAAUACAAGCUUUUGUGGAUGCCAAAUCUCGCACUGUCUAAAAUGUCUUAUUUUAAUGUCGGGUAAUGAUAUGAAAUGAUUAUGUUUUUCGAUCAUUCGCCUUUCUUUGUGUGAUAAUCUUUAUUUGUGUUGAAAGUAUAAGGGGUUAAAGUUGUCAAAAUUUUCAGUUUUGAAAUCUCAUUUCAUGGAUGAGAAUUGAAACUAGAGAAUUUGUUACACAAGUUGACAUUUUUUUUCUCAGCCAUUUGAACAUCCCAUGAACAUAUAAUGUAGGCUUAUAUUUAUAGAGAUCUAAUAAGAACAUCCCAUGAAACUAGAGUCAUCGUUAUGUUAAAAUUUUAAGUGGGUAAACUCUUCAAAAUUUGCAGAGUUUUGAAAACUGAUGGUUAUAUUUUUCUAUUUCUUUCCCUCAUGCUAUGAGGAUAAUGUGGCAAUCUUCACAAGAUUCAUUACAUUUAUUUAAGGUAGCGUUACUGUUUUUUGUGUGGCUGUGCCAUUUUACUAUUUUGAACACAACAUGAGAUGUAUUCCCAAUAUUAUUC